AAAGGCCGUUUCUUACCUGUAGACAGUCAAUAUUUCGACAGAUACUACGGAAGAUAUGAACUCGUUCUUACCUCUCCUUCUUGUGGCCGGGCUUGUCUGUGUAAACGGAGCCAAUCUCGGUGCUGUCUUUUGUGGUCCAGUAUGUAUGAUCUACUGUCAAUACGACAACGUAAUGGACGAAAGGGGAUGUCCCACGUGCAAAUGUAAUAGCGCACCUCUUAUAAAAGAAGUAACGACAGAAAUAGCAACACCCGUUAUGGAGGAAGUGACGACAGAAAAAGCGUGUCCCCAAGUGAUGUGCAUGAUUUAUUGUGCCAACGGUUACCUGUUAGGGUCGGACGGAUGCCCCAAGUGUGGAUGUAACUAAAACGACAUUGACCGAUUUCAUGUCUUUGGUUCAAUUGUAAUCUUGAUAUAAAAGUCUGUAAAGUGUG